AUGGCACCGAGGUCAAGCAAAGGGAAAUCGAGCAACAGAGGAAAAGGAGAGAAGAAUAAGAAGAGAGACAAAGACAAAGAAGAGAAAGUAAUGGCACCGAGUUUGGUAGAGAUCAAAGUCAAAACUCCUUACGAAACACAAGUGAUACUCAGAGGAGUUUCUACUGACAAAAUCAUCGAUGUGAAAAGGCUUUUAGCAUCUCACGUCGAGACUUGUCAUUUCACCAACUAUUCUCUCUCGCAUCAGGUGAAAGGGAAUAAAUUGAGUGAUAACAUCCAAGUGAUUUCACUCAAGCCUUGUUCCCUCCGUAUGAUUCCAGAGGAUUACGUAGAGGAAAGCCAGGCUUUGACUCAGGUACGGAGAGUCAUAGAUAUCGUUGCAUGCACCACCAGGUUCGCCUCCGGUUCCAAAUCCUCCGUCAAAUCCGUCGCCGGAAAUGGAAAUCAGUCGGCGGCGGGACUCGACAUGGUCGCUAUCCACCCAAUUCCCAAACUCUCUCAAUUCUACGACUUCUUCUCCAUUCCUAACGUCUCUCCUCCGAUUCUCAAUUUGAAGAAAGUCGAUGGUGAACAGAGGCGUGAAGGCGAGUAUUUUGGAAUUGAGGUUAAGAUCUGUAAUGGGAAGAUUAUUCAUGUGGUUGCUUCAGUGAAAGGGUUCUUCACCGUUGGAAAACAGAUCUCACAUAGCCAUUCCAUUGUUGAUUUGCUCCAGAAUGUCAGCAAUGCCUUUUCCAAGGCAUAUGAAUCCUUAAUGGAAGCUUUCACUGACCGGAAUAAGUUUGGCAACCUCCCGUAUGGAUUUCGUGCAAACACAUGGCUUGUACCUCCUUCUGUUUCUGAGUCUUCUUCAACCUUUUCUGCUUUACCAGCAGAAGAUGAAAAUUGGGGUGGGAAUGGUGGAGGUGAGGGUAGAAAUGGCGAAUGUGAUCUACGACCUUGGGCUGCAGAGUUUUCUGUAUUAGCUACGCUUCCUUGCAAAACUGAGGAGGAGAGGGUUAUUAGAGAUAAGAAAGCUUUUUUGCUUCAUAACCAGUUUAUCGAUGUCUCUGUUCGAAGAGCUGUUAGAGCCAUCUGCGAGGUGAUUAAUACUAAUCAAUACUAUAGUGGUAUUAGUGACUUCCCUGCAGGCUCGAUCCUUCUUGAGGAACGUGUUGGGGAUUUGUCUAUAGUUGUCAAACGUGAUAUAGCCAGCCUUGACGCAAAGCCUGAACCUACAUUUCAAAACGAAGCAUUUCCUCUAUCGCCCAAGGAACUUGGUGAAAGGAAUCUGCUAAAAGGGAUAACAGCUGAUGAGAGUGUCAUUGUUCAGGAUACUCUGGCUUUAGGCACAGUUAGUGUUAGGCACUGUGGAUAUACAGCGAUGGUAAAAGUCAAGGGUAAAAUUAAGAAGGAAACGACUGAUUUCUGUGAUAUUGUGAUCGAUGACCUGCCAGAUGGAGGAGCUAAUGCUCUUAACCUUAACAGCUUAAGGGUUCAGCUUCCCAGGCCCGCUGACGUUAAAAGUUCAGGAGGGAACCAGCCUUCACAGUUUGAUUUGGAUGAUUUAGAGUCUUUUAGAGGUAUUGUAGAGGAGUUAGUAAAAAUGAACUUAACAAAGUUGGAAGAAAAAAGUGAUUCUUCUGAAAGGCCCAUCAGAUGGGAGCUCGGUGCUUGCUGGGUUCAGCAUCUACUAAAGAAUGAAACAGUAAUGAAAAACGUCUGUGGAAAGCCUGCAACUAAUGAUGAGAGUGAAAUUAAAGGUUUGGGAAAACAAUUUAAAGUUCUGAAGAGCAAAAGUAAGGAAUCAGAAAAUGUAAGCAAGGAAAGGGAAGAAGAUAUCAGACUAAGUGAGUUAGAUGGGGAGGCUCAUCUAGUAAAGAAAAGCAUUGAUGAACACUUUGAGACUGACCUGAAGGAACUGCUUUCUGAUGAAGCUUUCUCUCGCCUACAAGAAAGUGGAACUGGUCUCCAUUUGAAGUCAAAAGAAGAGCUUACCAAGAUGGUAUAUGAAUUUUAUGACGAAAUUGCUUUGCCAAGACUGGUAGCAGAUUUUGAGUCACUGGAGCUUUCUCCAGUUGAUGGUCGCACAAUGACCGACUUCAUGCAUAUACGAGGGCUCCAAAUGCAUUCUCUAGGACGUGUGGCUAAACUUGCUGAGAACCUUCCUCAUAUACAGUCCCUCUGUAUUCAUGAGAUGAUUACGAGAGCUUUCAAGCACCUUCUUAGGGCGGUUAUUGCAUCUGUCAAUAAUAUGGCAGAGCUACCUGGGGCAAUAGCUGCUUCAUUAAAUUUCAUGCUUGGCUGCCGUGAGUUGGAAGGGAAUGAUAAGGUCCUCAGUGAAGAGUAUUGUCUCAGAUUACAGUGGCUACAGAAAUUUCUCUUCAGAAAAUUUGGUUGGAUACAGAAAGAUGAGUUCAAGCAUUUGAUAAAAACUUCCAUUCUCCGAGGACUUUGCCAGAAGGCUGGGUUAGAACUAGUUCCAAGAGAUUAUGACUUCGAUUCUCCGAAUCCCUUCAAGAGCUCUGACAUUUUUGGAUUGGUACCUGUGUGCAAGUAUGUGCUAUGUGUUUCAUCUGAUGGAAGGGCACUCUUGGAGUCAUCAAAACUUGCUCUUGACAAAGGACAACUAGAUGAUGCUGUGAACUAUGGAACAAAGGCGUUAGGCAAGAUGAUUGCUGUCUGUGGGCCUUAUCAUAAAAAUACUGCUUCUGCAUACAGCCUUCUCGCAGUUGUCCUGUACCACACUGGCGAUUUUAACCAGGCAACUAUAUAUCAGCAGAAGGCUCUAGAUAUAAAUGAGAGAGAACUUGGUCUUGACAAUCCUGACACUAUGAAGAGCUAUGGAGAUCUUUCUGUAUUUUAUUAUCGCCUUGAGCACGCUGAAUUGGCGCUAAGAUAUGUGCACCGUGCUUUAAUUCUUCUUCAUUUCACUUGUGGGCUAUCUCACCCAAAUACUGCUGCCACAUAUAUCAAUGUGGCUAUGAUGGAAGAAAAAGUAGGGAAUGUUAAUGUAGCUCUAAGAUACCUGCAUGAAGCUCUAAACUGCAAUAAAAGAUUACUAGGAGCUGACCAUAUUCAGACAGCGGCAAGCUACCAUGCAAUAGCUAUGGCUCUCUCUCUCAUGGAUGCGUAUUCCUUGAGUGUGCAACAUGAACAAACUACAGUUCAGAUACUUACAGCAAAACUUGGACCAAAUGACGUUCGCACACAGGACGCUGCAGCAUGGCUUGAAUAUUUUGAAGCAAAAGCGAUGGAGCAGCAGGAAGCAGCCCGAGAUGGAAACCCAAGACCUGAUGCUUCCAUCGCGAGCAAAGGCCACCUUAGUGUAUCAGAUCUCCUGGACUAUAUAAGUUCUGAUCCAGACACUAAAGGAAGUGUUGUUCAUAGGAAACAGCGCCGUGCAACGAUGUAUGUCUAA